GCGAGAGCUGCCCGGCGUUUCCGGUGUUUUUGUGCGGCCCCAGGCCGGGCGGGCGGGCAGAGAGGCGAGAGUCCGUGAACAUGGCGGUCAGCGUUCGCGGCCGCUCCGUUAGGAGCCUCCGCAUCAGAGGGCGGAAUGACAGCGGGGAGGAGAACGUGCCGCUCGAUCUGUCCCGAGACCCUUCAGACAACCUUCGCGAGAUCCUCCAGAAUGUGGCUAAGCCUCAGGGAGUCUCUAACAUGCGGAAGCUUGGUCACCUGAAUAACCUUAUUAAGUUACUCUGUAACGUUGGCCACUGUGAAGAGAAACUAGGAUUUACUUAUGAAGAAAUUAUAAUAUGUUUGCGAUUAUCAUUGUUAAAUGAAGCUAAAGAGGUGCGUGCAGCUGGUCUCCGUGCCCUUCGCUAUCUCAUCCAAGACUCCAGUAUUCUUCAGAAGGUGUUGAGACUGCGUGUGGAUUACUUAAUAGCUAGAUGUAUAGACAUACAACAGAGUAAUGAAGUGGAGCGAACUCAAGCACUUCGAUUAGUUCGAAAGAUGAUCACUGUGAAUGCUGCGCUGUUCCCCAGCUCAAUCACCAAUUCUCUGAUUGCAGUUGGAAAUGACGGACUCCAAGAGCGUGAUCGAAUGGUCCGAGCAUGCCUUGCCAUCCUCUGUGAGCUAGCACUUCAGAAUGCAGAGGUGGUUGCCCUCCGAGGAGGCCUCAGCACCAUUCUGAAGAAUGUGAUUGAUUGCCAAUUGAAUCGCAUAAAUGAAGCACUCAUUACAACCAUUCUACACCUGCUAAAUCACCCAAAGACACGGAAAUAUGUAAGAGCCGAUGUGGAGCUGGAGCAAAUUUUAGCACCAUAUACUGAUUUUCACUACAGACAUAAUCCAGACACUGCAGAAGGGCAGCUCAAAGAGGAUAGAGAAGCACGGUUAUUAGCCAGCAAAAUGGCAAUAGUAGCAGCCUUCCGAUCCUGGGCAGGAAUUAUAAAUCUCUGCCGGCCUGGAAACUCGGGUAUUCAGUCUUUAAUAGGAAUACUUUGUAUACCAAAUAUGGAAGUUCGGCGUGGUCUGCUAGAGGUGCUGUACGAUAUCUUCCGCCUCCCUAUCCCUGUGACAACGCAGGACUUUUCUGAAGCUCUAUUCAGUGUAGAUCCCAGUAGGUUCCAGGAUUCCUGGCGUCUUUCAGAUGGAUUUGUAGCAGCUGAAGCUAAAACCAUUCUCCCACAUCGAGCCCGGUCCAGGCCUGAUUUGAUGGAUAACUAUUUGGCACUUGUGCUAUCUGCUUUCAUCAACAAUGGACUCCUGGAGAGUCUUGUUGAUGUGCUAACAAGCAGCAAUGAUCAUGUGUCUGUGCGGGCCACCAUCCUGCUAGGCGAACUCUUGCACAUGGCAAAUACUAUCCUGCCAUACGCCUACAGCCACCACUUGCACUGUUUACCAACCCUCAUGAACAUGGCAGCUUCCUUUGAUAUCGCUCAGGAAAAGCGGUUGCGAGCCAGUGCAGCUGUGAACUGUCUGAAGCGUUUUCAUGAAAUGAAGAAGCGAGGUGCGAAACCUCACAGCCUGUACUUGGAUCAUAUCACACACAAAAAUGGCUUCACUAAUCAAAAGCGGGAUUACCACUUCCGUGUUCAGAAAGACAUCUUUAUACUAAAGGACACGGAGGAGGCAAUGAUGCAGAAUCUGCGAGAUAGCGAUGUCCUAAAUAACAAGGACAACCUAAGGUGGAAUUGGAACUUAAUCUCCACCAUUCUUAAGUGGCCAAAUGUAAACCUGCGAAACUACAAAGAUGAACAGUUACACAGGUUUGUGCGUCGAUUGCUGUAUUUUUACAAGCCCAGUGGCAAACUGUAUGCAAACAUGGAGCUGGAUCAUGCAAUGGGAAAGCAGCUGACUGUGGUGGGCUGCCAGUUCACUGAGUUUCUUCUUGAAUCUAAUGAGGAUGGUCAGAUGUACUUGGAGGAGCUGGUCAAAGAUAUAGUGCAGUGGCUAACCCCAUCAGCAGGUCUGAAACAUGAACGCAGCCUGCAGAACAAUGGUUUACUCAACACCCUCAGCCAGCACUACUUUCUGAUUAUUGGUACCCUAUCCUCUCAUCCGCAAGGAGUUAAGGUUUUGGAGAAAUGCAACAUGUUCCAGUGUUUACUCAACCUCUGUUCUCUGAAGAACUAUGACCACGUGUUAAAGCUAACUGUCUCCACGUUAGACUAUAGCCGUGAUGGAUUGUCCAGGGUGAUCUUGUCCAAAAUCCUUACGUCAGGUACCGAUAACUGCAGACUGUAUGCAACAAAACAUUUGCGGGUUUUACUACGGGCCAAUGUGGAGUUCUUCAGCAAUUGGGGCAUAGAAUUACUCGUGACACAGCUGCAUGAUAAAAAUAAAGCCAUCUCUUCAGAAGCGCUCGAUAUCCUGGAUGAAGCUUGUGAGGACAAGGCUAACCUGCAUGCACUGAUCCAGAUGAAACCAGCAUUAGCACACCUUGGAGACAAAGGCUUGCUGCUCCUACUUCGCUUUUUGUCCAUUCCAAAGGGCUUCUCCUACCUGCAUGAAAGAGGUUAUGUUACCAAACAGUUGGAGAAAUGGCAAAAGGAAUACAACUUGAAAUAUGUAGAUUUAAUUGAAGAACAAUUGAACGAGGCACUCACUACAUACCGCAAGCCAGCUGAUGGCGAAAACUAUGUUCGACGCAGUAACCAAAGGUUACAAAGACCCUAUGUUUACUUGCCAAUUCACCUGUACGGCCAGUUGGUUCAUCAUAAAACUGGCUGUCAUUUGCUCGAAGCACAGAGCAUCGUUCCAGACCUGAGCUACACUGUGCGUUCACCAGUACUGGAUAAGUGGGAUGGCAUAAAGCAGUUGAAAGCAGCACUUUGGGCCUUGGGUAACAUUGGCUCGUCAAACUGGGGAUUGAACUUGCUUCAGGAGGAGAACGUGAUCCCGGAUAUUGUAGCCCUGGCCCAUGCUUGUGAAAUUCUCUCUGUUAGAGGGACCUGUCUGUACGCACUGGGUCUCUUGGCAAAAACAAAGCAGGGAUGUGAUAUCCUGAAAAACCAUGGUUGGGAUUCAGUCAGGCACAGUCGCUUGCAGCCCUGGCCUGUGGCCCCUGAUGACAUGGAGCAACUAUACAGUGAGUUGUCCUCAGUCCCCAGUACACUGAGUCUCAAUUCUGAAUCUACCAGUUCCAGGCAUAACAGUGAGAGUGAGUCCGUGCCUCAGAGCAUGUUUAUUAUGGAAGAUGAUCGCUAUGGCAGCAGCACAACCAGCACUUUUUUCCUCGAUAUCACUGAGGAGGGUGAUCAGUUUUUGGAGAAGCCCAAAUCAGCUAAGGAGAAGGAACGAAGCCCCUUGAGCAUCCUCAGCUCUUCUAGAUUUGUCCCUCGGCGCUUCUUCAAUAAUCUGACUUCAUUACCUAGCAAGAAGCUGCGCAGUAGCAGCGAUUCCAAAUCCAACAAGACAGCAGCAGAUACGAAGCAGGUUCAGCGGCGCAUUCGUGCUGUCACUGAACCAGCCAACAGCACUGAGUAUUUGCACACUGAGGUGUUUACCAGCAUCUUCAAUGGUAACCGAUUGCACAAGAGCCAUACAUUGAGUUUAGAGACCUCCUUUGUUGGGAGUAGGGAUCACGGCAAUAGAGGAAGCUCACAGAGCAUCUCUGAGUCUGAACUAAAGCGUCCAAAGACUAUGUUGCGGGAUAAUCACCAAGAACCGAUCAUAAAGGAUCGGUCUAUGGGUGACAGCACAACUGGCACACAGUUCAAAAGCCGCAGCCAGAGCUUUAACACUGAUACAACAACAAGUGGAAUUAGCUCUAUGAGUUCUGUCAGUUCCAGUCCAUCUGGUGAAACAGUCCGCCUGGACCCUGCCAAUGCUGACACAGACUGUGGCAGCCUGAAUACAAUCGUCAGUGCACGGACAGUGAAAACCAAUGUCUCCCUCACACCCCAGUCUAAUCACCUACCUCUGUCCAAGUCAAAUUCUGUGUCACUUGUCCCUCUGGGGUCAUCUCACACACUCCCCCGAAGGGCGCAGUCGCUGAAAGCACCUUCAGUCACUACCAUAAAAAGCCUGACCGACUACAACUUUAGUUAUACAAGCCCACGUGAUGCAUUUGGGUAUGCCACAUUGAAACGACUACAGCAGCAGAGGAUGCAUUCAUCACUGUCACACUCUGAAGCCCUGGCAUCUCCAGCAAAAGAUGUGCUGUUUACAGACACAAUUACCAUGAAGACUGGCAGCCUGGAUUCACGGUUGACGCCAAGAAGAUUCAUCAAAGCCUUGAGCUUUGCCUCGCUGGACAAAGAGGAUUUAUUAAGCCCAAUAAAUCAUACAACACUUCAGCGUUCUUCCUCUGUACGUUCCAUGGUCUCCAAUGCCACUUGUGGCAGCACAGACGACUACAUAGGACUGGCGUUGCCGAGCGACAUUAAUGAGCUGUUCCAGGUGAAAGAGAUUCCAUACUUUCAGCAGAAGUAUAUCCUGCCUAAAGAGGAUCAUUCCCUCCAAGACCAGGAGUCUGAUAAUGAAGAUGUGGCAUUCUCUUCUUGUUCUCGGAGUCCCUAUCAAGAACUCCGACCACAGAUCAGUUUCACAGAGGCAAUGCUGAAAGCAUCAGAAAAUGUUCGUUCAGUUACUGCUACUGAGGAGACUGGUUUAAAGGAGCACACAGACGAGAACUGCCUAUAUUGUGUGUGUCUGCAGAUUGUCGGCUGCCUUCCGUACAACCAGUGUGCUUCCACUUUAAAUCGUGUAGAAUUCCCAGACAUUCCAUGCUCCGAAUGCUGUGUGUCCGUUAUCCCAAUCCACACCCACCUGGAAGUCACACCUCGCUCCUCAAAGAUUUCCGGGAUCUCUGGGUGCAGUGAUGCUGUGUCACAAGGCUCAGCAAGUAGCACCAAGAGUGUGGAUAUAGUAAUAGGAGGGAAACCUGUCAUCGAAGACACGCCUGCCUGCCGAGUACUGCUAAGGAAAGAAGUCUUACGAUUGGUCAUUAACCUGAGCAGCUCAGUGGGCACAAAAGGUCACGAAACUGGGCUCUUGACGAUAAAGGAAAAGUUUCCUCAUGCUUUCGAUGACAUUUGUCUAUAUUCUGAGGUUUCCCACUUACUGGCAAACUGCACCUUCCGUCUGCCUUCCCGCAGGUUUAUCCAAGAACUCUUCCAGGAUGUUCAGUUCCAACCCCUGUAUGAGGAAGCAGAUACUACUCUAUCACCGAAGCAGCUUGAAGCUGAGCCAACCCCAGCAUCCUGACCAAAUUUGUGCUGACGUAUUGCCACAUCACCAAACCUACAAACUACUUCACCCAGACUUCAACAGUACCAACAUCUGACUGUUGCUGUGACCAGCAGGGCAGGGCAGGAUUGUCGAAUCGGCACUCAAAUCCUGUCCCUUGCAUGUUCUUAUUUAUUUCCCUUCCCUCUGUCUUGGAUGUGAAGGUAUCCUUAACACUACAGGAGGAGUGAUGCAGACUGGGAGACAGUAAGUGAGACCAGAGUGGUUGGAUCUCUCCCUGUUCCAUGGCUGUUGGCACAGAUGCACAUGCUCAUCCCUAACCCUAUCGCAAGUCUCCAUCCACCAGCAUUGCCUUAGUUUCUUUCAAUCACUGGGUCAGAUGAGCUCAAUCCUAUCUACCAUCCAUGCACUCAGUUUUCAGGGGUGCCAAUUUUAUAUGUUUAAAUGUAGUCACCUUGUAAGAAAGACCACUUUAUAAUCUACUUAAAUUGCAUUGACUGUACGAGUUCAGGCAGAUUAGAAUCAGACCCCUGUGCUGUUGACAUGCAGUCCUGGAAAACCUUAACUCAUGGCAGAAAAAAUAUUCCAUGGUAUGGUGCUGUGGGGUCCCGAAUGCAAGCAGAUUUGCCUCUUAACGGUAAAUCACGCUUGCAGUAACUAAUUACAGGGCUGCAAUUGUAAUGUGUGUAUAUUGGAAAUGCAGUUUAGUGCACCCAGGAACAAUUCUGCGUAUCCACUGGCCCAUUAGAGAAUAGGAAACAGCAAUUCUGUAUGGAAACUCCUGUUCCUAAAUCCUAGGCUGCUCUCCAUUACUCCUGGACACCAAAGUAAAUGCAAAAUCCUCCCAUCUGCUUCUGGGUCUCAGGGUAUAUAGAAACCUGCCUGUACGGACAUGGAUAUGUGAGCAGUGCUCCUUAUCUGACCCAAUUGAUAUGGAUCAUUAAGGGCUAAAUCCUGUCAUCUUAACAUUUUGGCUGAAAUGGCAUGAAGUUUCCAUUGCAUACCCUGCUAAGAAAGAUUGUACCAGAACUUUCAGAAACACCAUUUCAGGAGAAGCAAAGUCUGAUUGUCAUUUGUCUAAGGGUCCUUAAAAACCAUGUGACAGUAGGCUUUCAUAGAUUGGGGUCCACCCUCCCUUUACCAUACCAGACUGCAAACUUUGGUCUUUUAGCACUCAUCUGAGUUGCUUUGUAUGAGCAGAAGCCCUUGAAAUUCCAUGAGUUAAGUGUAUAUUUUGAGUUUUAAGGUGUGUUGUGUGGAGUUGGUGUCAAUAAGUAGCAAUGAAAAUUCUAACACUACAGUACAGGGCCCUGUGAGCCCUGCUUUCACUGCAAAAUGUCAGGUGUGAUGGUAUGAGAAGAACACAAUGAAGCCCUGGCCUUUCCAUUGCAAUUAUUUGUUAUUAAUCUCAAACAGCAAUGGUCUCCUGGCUUCAGGAGGGAAGGUCUCAACCAAAUAGUUUUGUCUCAUCAUUCUGACUUUGACGUGACACGCAUAUGCACACAAUUUCUCACCCUUUCACUGGUCGCAAGUUACACUAAGAUACAAAAUGUUCAUGGAUGUUUUUGUAUCUGUAACCAUAAACACCAAUGAUUAGAUGUCUGAGACAGGAAGGAAAUAGCUAGUGACUGGUUUCCCCUCAUCCUAUCCUGCACUACUUCAAUGUGUGUUGCUUCCUAUGGCUUUUGGAGAGAAUGGGAGUGUCUGCAUUUAGAUAUCUGUCAGAAAACCUCUUAGUGGCUGGAGCAGUGUUGCUGUGCUCUCAAUCAUAACUGUAGUUCUUUGUCUUGGAUCAUUUAUUCAGACUUGAUGAGAGGCAUUAUAUGACCCAGGAUUGAGGAUUAGAUAUAAAUUCUGGAUUGGGGUUAGAAUCGCUGACUGCUGGUGAAUGCAAUGGAUUCUCCAGACAGGAUUACAUUCAGUCCUUAGUGGCUGGACAGGAAACAGGUGAAUGUUUUCAUUUCCAGAGCAGUUGUUGAAUUCUAGCAAAGUGGAAGGUGAAAAUAAAGGGAUGGGUCCAGAAUAAGGUGCUAUUACAAUACACAUCCAUCUCUCCAGGAACUGAUGACCAAGGAGAAAGAAAUAUGAUGUAUGCAAUAUUAUAAACACAAAAGGAUGGCUUUGCUGUGGCCUCAGCAGCUCACAAGUAUUCUGUCUUCCAACUGCUUAUUCCAAUUAUGCCUCUGCCUCUAACACAGCUGCCAGACCAAUUCUUACCCAUCAGUCACACUGCAGUAUCUGUUUUAUUUCCCCUAUAUCUCCCCUGUCCCCUCAUUGCACUGGUAAGAACACUAACUUCAUAUUGAUCAGUUAAAUGAGUCAGCAACAGUGACCAUAUCCUGAAUAACUGAUUUUCAAAGUUCUUAUAGGUCAGUAAUUAACUGUUUCAUGAUCAUGUGUUAUUUUGGACUCCUAUGUAUUCCAAAGUUGAUUGGUAAAUGCUGAUUGUCAGGAUUAUGUAGAUGUCUCCAAGAAUCCUGUGUCUGGUCAUUCCCGUGGUCCGUGUACGUAUCUGUCUUUCCUGCUCAGUCUCGUUGGCUCAUGUGGUUUGUCUGUCUUGUGGUCAGCUGGUCAUUAUGUUUAACUUUGAUCUCUUCCAAGUACAUGUGUCCGAAACCACCCCAUAAGAGUUUUAAGGAGGAGGAUGUUGAAGCGAAUCAACGGCCUUUGGUUGUGAGAGAAGGGUGGCUGAGAUUUCUUGAUCAAGCUAUCAAUGUUUUGCUAUUUUACAUAUCUGUUUAAGAAGGAAUAGAAGACUGACACCUGUGAGAGGGAGAGAGCAUAGAAUAUGGACAUUGCAACCAUCAUUGUGGAUGUGUUUGAUUUUAUUUCUGUGAUAAGCUGCUACAUUAUUGGGAUGUUCUAGUGUUCAUAGGUCACUGAACAUGAAACCUGAUUUAUAUUGUAUACCUGUAAAAUAGUCUUGAUUAAAAAUGAGAAGAAAUUAUUUAUAUAUUUUCCAUAAAAGAAUAUUUCAUGGAGCUGUGUAUAAUUUAAAUAACGUAAAGCAGAGAAGAGCACCUGUCAAGAGUAAUGUUUUUGUGUUGCCACCUUGUGGUUUCUUUGUAUAGUGUGUACAGUCUUGUUUUGGGCAUUUACCCUUCUGAACAUAAAAUUUAUCAAAGGGAUGCAUUGUUAAUUAACAAUAAAAGCAAACUUAUCCAGA